CACACUCAUUUGGACACACACACACAUGCACACCAGCAUACAUGAGCCAAGGAGCAUGGGCAGCAGGGUCACCCUAGCGCCAUGCUUCAUAAAGGGCGCCGUUACAAUAGGUUUACUGUUACUCUGACGACUGCCGGGAUACAAUAGGACUGAAUGUACUGGCCUGAUACUCUACUCUCUACAGUACUUCUCUCCACUUUUCACUUGAUGACAAGGAAGACAGACUGAGACGAGACAGCAUGUUAUCAGAGGACGCCCCUGAAGGUAGGACGGGGCGGCAGCAGAACUUUAUAGUCUACCUUCGGUUGAGUAGAGGAGGCAUGACGCUGGACAAGUUUCACUCCUGUGAAUAUGAGACAGACAACAUGAAAUAUUCUUCUUCUGUUUCUUCAUAACCAGUAACUUCACGGACUAAUGGGGCUUAUACUGCUGAGCCUGAUUCUCCGCUACUGGAUCAACACCGUGGAGGGAUCCUGUUCAGCCGGCAGCGCUUUGACUUGUGAUGACUGCCUACAACUCAGUCCUCAUUGUGCCUGGUGCACACAGGAGAAUUUCACAGACUGGUUUUCAGUCAGCGAAAGAUGUGACACACUGGAAAGCUUACUAGAAAAAGGAUGUGCCAGGGACCAGCUGGAGUUCCCUGUUUCCGGAGACCAAAUCCUCCAGGAUCUCCCACUCGGGAGGAGGACUGGCAACUUUAACAGCACUCAGAUCUCCCCACAAAAGAUGACACUCAAGCUGCGACCUGGCAGUCAGGUGACUUUCCAAGUCAAAGUUCAACACACAGAGGACUAUCCUGUGGACAUCUACUACCUGAUGGACCUGUCAGCGUCCAUGAUUGAUGAUCUGGCGAUGAUCAAGGACCUGGGCUCCACUCUGUCUAAAGAGAUGGCCAAAUUGACUAGUAAAUUUCGCAUGGGCUUUGGCUCUUUUGUGGAGAAACCUGUUCUGCCCUUUAUCAAGAUCACAGAGGAAGAACUCGUCAACCCCUGCAGUGGUGUAGGCUCAUUCUGCCUGCCAACGUUUGGGUAUAAACAUGUCUUGUCCCUGACGAGCAGCACUGACAAGUUCAAUGACAUAAUCAAAAAGCAGCGUGUAUCUGCAAACAUUGAUGUGCCAGAGUGUGGCUUUGAUGCCGUCAUGCAGGCAGCCGUUUGCGGGGACAAGAUAGGCUGGAGGAAUGAUUCGAUGCGUCUGCUGGUGUUUGUCAGUGAUGCUGACUCACACUUUGGGAUGGACAGUAAAAUGGCUGGCAUCGUGAUUCCCAACGAUGGACAGUGUCACCUGGACAUCAACAAUGAAUACUCCAUGUCCACAGUGCAGGAGUAUCCAACUCUUGGUCAGCUGAUUGAUAAGGUAACGGAGAACAAUAUCUUACUGAUAUUUGCUGUGACAGAAGAGCAGAAAUUCAACUAUAAGAACUAUGCAAAUCUCAUACCUGGCGCCACUGUUGGAGUCCUGGAGAAAGAUUCGCGGAACAUCCUGGAACUGAUUGUAACAGCAUACAAAGAACUACGUUCAGAGAUUGAACUGGAGGUCCUUGGAGACACAGAGGAGCUCCAGAUGUCCUUCACAGCCAUUUGCCCAGAUGGGACAGUCCUCUCUGACCUUAAACGCUGCUCUAACAUCAAACCUGGAGAGACGGUAGUGUUCAAUGUGACUGUGGAGCUCCCGGUAUGCCUGUCUGGAGUUCGGCACUUCUCCCUCAAACCGGUGGGCUUACAAGACAGUUUGGAGGUGGAACUGGAGUCUCUUUGCUCCUGUGACUGCCGGCAGCUUCCUGAGGCAAACAGCAGCAACUGCACCAAAGGCCAAGGGGCUUUCCAGUGUGGCAUGUGCGUUUGUCAGCCAGGCUUCUUUGGAGCGGAGUGCGAAUGCAAUGAGGAGAGUGCUUUGUUGAGUAACUGCCUUGCAGACAAUGAGUCCGAGAUGUGCAGCGGUCAGGGGCAGUGCUACUGCGGACAGUGUGUGUGUGAUGCGUCCAGCUUUGGCCGCAUCUACGGACCUUACUGCGAGUGUGACAAUUACUCUUGUGUCCGCUUCCGUGGGGAACUGUGUGGUGGCCACGGAGUGUGUGACUGCGGAGAGUGUCACUGCCAAAGUGGUUGGACAGGGGAGUAUUGUAACUGCAGUACCAGCACUGAGGCGUGCAUGUCAGAGGAUGGUGCCCUUUGCAGCGGGCGGGGGAAGUGUGAGUGCGGCCAGUGUGUCUGCUCUGUACCUGGAGCAUCUGGGGACAAGUGUGAGAAGUGCCCAACAUGCGGAGACGUCUGUAACUCUGCAAGGACCUGUGUAGAGUGCCACCUCCAAGGAAAGGAUGAUGCAGAGGUCUGCGAUCAAACAUGCAGUGUCCCUAAAAUUUCCAUCAACACAACAGCAGAUUAUGACGACAAGAGUCCUUCUAUGCAAUGCACGCUGAUGACGGAGAAUGAGUGCCGGAUCUCAUUUACUGUGGUAGGAAGUGACACGGGGACCACUGCCUACAAUCUCCAGAUGAACGGUUGUCUUGAGCCUCCAAACAUCCCCAUGAUUAUUCUGGGGGUUUCCCUCUCCGUCGUGUGUAUCGGUCUGAUCCUGCUGGCUGUGUGGAAGGUGCUGGUGUCAGUUCACGACCGCAAAGAGGUAGCCAAGUUUGAGGCUGAGAGGUCAAAGGCAAAGUGGCAGACGGGGACCAACCCUCUGUUCAGAAGUUCGACGUCUACAUUUAAAAAUGUAACUUAUAAGAACAGAGAGAAAGAAAAGAUUAUUACAAUGGAUCACUACUGAUGACAAACUGGAGGCAAUACAAACCAACAUCUGAGUGCACUUAAGUGUGUGUGUAUGUGAGUGUGUGUGUGUGUGUGUGUGUGUGUGAGUGUGUGUGUGUUUAUGUGUGUAUGUGCGUGUGUGUGUGUGUGUGAGAGAGACAUGGCAAUGGAUAUUUACAUUUUUGUACUAAAAGUUUGUUUAUGGUAUGAAACUCUAAGUUGUACACAGUAGACAACACUGUGAGAGAUACACUACAUGAUGAAUUUGCUGCUGUAAGAGUGCACUGUUUGCUGACAGGUGCCGUUGCACACUGAAACACCGUUCUUUCCUGUUGCAUCAUCCUACGAACUCUAAAAUUAAAUCUGGCUACUGUAACAUGCAGCUUGGAAAGGAGGACACUACACUAUGAGUAAUCUACUACUGAAAAAAAAUUGUUUUGUUCUAAUGAAUGUAAAUACAUAAGACAAUGAUUUUUUUUAAAUGUUGUGUUUGAUGUAUUAUUGUUAAGUAAGGCUGAGCCUUCAAUGUUGAUAAUUGAGUUUUUUUAACGGCAGGGGACAUAAAUAAAGUUGAUGUUUGCCUUA